AUGGGGUGUCACGGGAAUAUGACGAAGUGGGCAAAGGCGCAAGUGAGGGAGUUGCUUGGAAUAUCGCAGCGGUGUCGGAGGAUCAAGCGUGUUGACGUUGGGAGGCAAUGCAUGGUUCGUGGUUCGGAGCUAGUUUUGCUGCACUGGGUUGUUACACCAGGCCUCGCGUUUUCCCCUGAAAAACUCGUGCAACCAUUUGACAUCGUCUCAAUGCAACUUUGCAUGCACCACACUUUUGAGACUGUCCAAAGGCGCGUUGUAUGCUUGACAGGAACGUCAUUGGUAUACAGAAUUCGGUUUGAAAAUCAGGACUCGAAACCGAUGUUUGGCCGCAACUACUGGUUUUUAUUGCAAGACGCAGCCGAGAAUGUAUCGGAGUAUGUUGCGCGAUGGGAAAAUUUUGGACACAAGGUCCCACCAAUCUUUGAGGCCAUGGCUCAGGCCACGGCUCAAGGCUUCAUGCAUUGUGAGCCUGAGCCUUGGGCUUUCCUGGGCCUUGACGACGGCCCAAGAAGGCCCGGCUUUGGGACGGCUGGCUCUGGCUGGCUUACGGCUUUGGGCCGGGCCUGGCACAUCACUAAUUGCGAUGUCAUCUCUCAAAUGUCAAAUGAUGGCUAUGCCUCCUGUGUAGCCACCUUCCGAUAUUUCGCUUUCCAGCGCAAGGAUGCAGGUCACUGUAGGGAACACUCUUGGCGCUCUUCAAAUCGCGAUUACUGUCUCGACGUUGCUCUUCGGAAUCGUCACUAUGCAGUGUCUUCAGUAUGUGAAACGUUAUCCAGACGAUGCGGCUAUCUUCAAAACGCUGGUUGCUUUGAACUGGUCAACUUUUCUUGCUACCCUCGUGAUAAAUAUGCGCUAAGGCAAAAACACUUAGGCUUAUGGAGCUUGGACAAUCAAUAUGCGUGUCCUCCGUGA